UCAGAGCUGGUGGCUCCACUCCUGCGGUUCUUAAACCUGAGUGGCGCCUGUGGGAAGCGCAAAGCGGAGCACCCGCUGGCCCGGGACGCAGGCUGCUUGUCUGACCCCCCAGCCUCCCGAGACACGGGCGGAAGACGACAGGGACCCCGCCCGAUCCCUUCUGCGGGCGGGCGGGGCGGUCCCCCACCGGCUCCUCCCCCGCAGCCCGGCAGGGAUCAGUCGCGGUGCGCGGUUCCGCAGGUGGCAGCUAUGACCCAGUCCUGAGCGCCCCACCAUGGCCAGCACCCCUAGCCUACUGCGCCUGGCGCUCCUGCUGCUCGGGGCGGUGGGCAGGGCCGGCCCCCGCCCCCAGGGUGCCACGGUAUCCCUCUCGGAGACGGUGCAGAAAUGGCGAGAAUACCGACGCCAGUGCCAGCAUUUCCUCACUGAAACACCGCUUCUGGCCACAGGCCUUUUCUGCAACCGAACCUUUGAUGACUAUGCCUGCUGGCCAGAUGGGCCCCCGGGUUCCUUCGUGAAUGUCAGCUGCCCCUGGUACCUGCCCUGGGCCAGCAGUGUGCUUCAGGGCCACGUGUACCGGUUCUGCACAGCGGAGGGCCUCUGGCUACAUAAGGACAACUCCAGCCUGCCGUGGAGGGACCUGUCGGAGUGCGAAGAGUCCAAGCGAGGGGAGAGAAACUCCCCCGAGGAACAGCUCCUGUCGCUGUACAUUAUCUACACCGUGGGGUACGCGCUUUCCUUCUCCGCCUUGGUCAUCGCCUCAGCCAUCCUUGUUGGCUUCAGACACUUGCACUGCACCCGGAACUACAUCCACCUGAACCUGUUUGCAUCCUUCAUCCUCCGUGCACUGUCCGUCUUCAUCAAGGAUGCUGCCCUCAAGUGGAUGUACAGCACGGCUGCCCAGCAGCACCAGUGGGAUGGGCUCCUCUCCUACCAGGACUCUCUAGGAUGCCGCCUGGUGUUCCUGCUCAUGCAGUACUGUGUGGCGGCCAACUACUACUGGCUGCUGGUGGAGGGUGUGUACCUGUACACGCUGCUGGCCUUCUCAGUGUUCUCGGAGCAGCGCCUCUUCAUGCUGUACCUGAGUGUAGGCUGGGGUGUCCCUCUGCUGUUUGUAAUCCCCUGGGGCGUUGUCAAAUACCUCUAUGAGGAUGAGGGCUGCUGGACCAGGAACUCCAACAUGAACUACUGGCUCAUCAUCCGGCUGCCCAUUCUCUUUGCUAUUGGGGUCAACUUUCUCAUUUUCAUCCGGGUCAUCUGCAUCGUGGUAUCCAAACUGAAGGCUAAUCUCAUGUGCAAGACUGACAUCAAAUGCAGACUUGCCAAGUCCACUUUGACACUCAUCCCCCUUCUGGGGACACAUGAAGUCAUCUUUGCCUUUGUGAUGGACGAGCAUGCCCGAGGAACCCUACGCUUCAUCAAGCUGUUCACAGAGCUCUCCUUCACUUCCUUCCAGGGCCUGAUGGUGGCUAUCUUAUACUGCUUUGUCAACAAUGAGGUCCAGAUGGAGUUUCGGAAGAGCUGGGAACGCUGGAGGUUGGAGCAUCUGAGCAUCCAGAGUGACAACAGCAUGAAGCCCCUCAAGUGUCCCACCAGCAGUGUGAGCAGUGGGGCCACAGUGGGUAGCAGUGUGUAUGCAGCCACCUACCAGACUUCCUGCAGCUAAGCCUCCGUGCCACCCUUCCUGUGGUCCUUGAUGCUGGCUGGGUGGCCAUCCCAGGUGGGAGACCCUCCCAGGGACAGACAGGGAAGGGGAGGGACACAGGCACACCACACACGCCCCUUGCUUUCCUUCUCCAAACCCAUCAGACAGGCAAGUGGGCAGCGCCUCCCUGGGACCAUCGGCAUAUGUUCUCCAUGGACAGCCUGCUAAUUUAAUCACCAUGGCAGGAAGAGAGGGACAAACGAUUGCUGCUAAAAUGAAAAUGAGGAGGACUUCUUCCUGUUAAAGCCACAGGCCCUUGAGGUUCCCUCAGACAGAACAGCAAAUCAACCCCAGGCUCACACUCAAGGGCAAUUGCUGAUUAGUGGAACUGGGACUUGUGAGAUGCAGUUCCACAAGAGACCCUGCCAUUCGUCCCUCAGCCAGCA